AUGCUGUUGAGGAAUAGCUUGGAAGAACUGCUCUUGACGUCAGAAACCGCUGAUGAGGCCAACAUUCCAUCGCCCAUCAACAAAUCUACUCGGAUAGAUGUGGGCGCAAAUUUCUCGGAACUUACCCCGGAAAAAUACACAAUUGAAUACGAAAACGAAACGCUCUUCAUUGAUUCGCUUGAUUGGAGGCAAAGUAAUCUCCUCAAGGCACAGAUCGUCACUUCUUAUGCGUGCUACAUUAUUUUUGGCAUGGCGGAGCAAACCGUCGGUGUCUUGAUUCCCAAAUUUCAAGCCUAUUAUGAGGUUGAUGAUAUGCAGACAAGUUUCAUAUUUUUAGCAGUUGUGUUGGGAUACAUUAUCUCUGCUGUUUUGAGUGAAACAACCCAUCAGAGAGUCGGAGUGAAAGGUGUUCUUAUGGCUGGAGGAAUUUGCAUGGUUUGCGGGUACUCGAUGAUUUCGUUAAAACCACCAUUUUUUCUUCUUGUAUGCUUCUACGUUUUAAACGGAUUGGCAUUGGGCGGCCUUGAUGCAGGCAUCAAUACAUGGAUGGGAGGAUUAAAGGAUUCAAAUCCAAUUUUGGGCAUUUUGCAUGGCUGCUAUGGAAUUGGGUGCAUGAUAUCUCCACCUUUGAUUUCUCAUUUACUCUCCAGAAAACACAACCCAUGGCAAUGGAACUACUACUACUAUGUAUUGGCGUUGUUGGCUGUUUUUUCACUUGUAACCGUUGCCGUGACAUUUAGAUUUGAGACAGCAAAAAAGUUCAGGUACCAAACUGUCAUGAAAGCGAGUGCGAGAGCCAAGCAAGAAAAUGAUGUGGAGUUACAGCUGCUUGAUAACGAAGAAGAAGAAACACCAGUGGAAGACCAUGCUGUUCCGUUUCUGGAAGUGGUCAAAUCAAAACUUGUUUGGACUUUUGCAAUCAUCUUAUUCAUGUACGUUGGUGGAGAGGUUGCGUUCGGGUCUUGGUUAAUAUCUUUCUUGAUGAGAAUCAAAAAGCUCACGUACAAGAAAUCGUCGUACAUGGCUACCAGCUUCUGGACAGGACUCACGGUGGGAAGAAUGUGUUUGGGGUUUGUCACCGAGAUGUUCUUUGCUAAUGAAUUGACAGCUAAUCUAGUCUAUAUCGGAGGCUCGUUUGGCGGAUUGUUACUUUUCUGGCUCUUGGCGUUCACCAACGCAAUCCCACUACUAUUCUUGAUCGUUUUCCUUACCGGGAUAUCCAUUGGACCAAUCUUUCCCACCACAAUCGUGGCUGCGAUUAACAUUCUUCCGGUGAAAUUUCACACUGCCGGAGUGGGUUUUAUCUGCGCUUUUGGAGGCGGUGGCGGCGCAGCCAUACCCUUCUUGAUCGGAACCAUUGCUGAGUCGAGUGCUUCGGGAAUGAGGAUAUUUCCUCUUGUAAUUUGCAUUCUGUAUGGGCUCUUAUUAAUAGGGUGGGGAAUCAUUACCAAGAGAUAUAAUCAUUAA